UUUUGAGCGAGCCUUCUGGAUACGUCAUCACUCCGCGCCGAGGUGAGGCGGUUCCAGGCCCGGGUCAGGGCUAUGGAGGCAGCUGUGGCUCCGGCCGUGAGGGGGCUGCGCGCGGGCUGCCAGCGUCUCCGCUACGGGGCAGGUUCUGAAAGAAAAUGGAGUUUGCAGUCAAAACAGACUUCUUUCAGAUUUUGUAGUACUGGAAUGACCUUGGACAACAUCAACAAGCCAACCAUAGAUCGCAUAAUCAGGGUGGAUCAUGCAGGGGAGUAUGGGGCAAAUCGUAUUUAUGCUGGGCAAAUGGCUGUGCUAGGUAGAAGUACUGUAGGGCCAGUCAUUCAGCAAAUGUGGGAUCAAGAAAAGGACCAUCUGAAAAAGUUUAAUGAGUUAAUGGUCACAUUUAGAGUUCGACCUACUGUUUUAUUGCCUUUUUGGAAUGUUGCAGGGUUUGCUUUAGGUGCUGGAACUGCUUUACUUGGAAAAGAAGGUGCAAUGGCUUGCACUGUGGCAGUGGAAGAGAGCAUAUCAGAUCAUUAUAACAGCCAGAUCAGAACACUAAUGGAGGAGGAUCCAGAAAAAUACAAAGAAUUAUUACAGAUAAUAAAGAAGUUCCGAGAUGAUGAGCUGGAGCACCAUGAUGUAGGGCUUGACCACAAUGCAGAAUUGGCACCAGCUUAUUCGCUUUUGAAGACUGCUAUACAAAUUGGAUGUAAAGCUGCAAUAUUUUUAUCAGAGCGAAUUUAGCACUCUAUUUUUCAAUAAUAUAAAAGAUUAUGGUAUUAAAUUAAGACUUAACCAGUGCACUUGUGAAACUAGAUAUUUUUUACAGUAACUGACUUUUUUUCUUCUUUGUAUAAAGGAUCUGAUUCUGCCACUCUUACUUAUGCUAAGUAGUAUCUUGCUCAACAGGUAUUUUCAUCGAAAUUAGUGGGGCUACAUGUGGAGUAAUAUACUUACAAUGUGAGUAUGGAUGGUAGAAUUGGGUUCUUAUUGACUAAAUUAAAAGGCUGUUUUUUAACCAAAAAAAAUCUGUUGUUUUUGCAAGUAUUCACAAGGUGGCAGUAAAGCGUGUGUCUAUGUAAUAGUAUAUAGCUUUAGUAUUAGUCUUCUGUACUUCUACAGACUUUUAAAAAUGAGCUAAUCCUACAAUUUAAUUUAAAACAAUACAUUUAGCACGGAUUAUUUUAUGAGUUUUAUUUUCAGGGAAAGUAAAUCAAGUUCUGGUAACAAUAUUUCCCUCAUGUCUCAAAUAAAGGUCUGUUAUAUCAAUGAAAUAGACC